UUUCUCCUCCUAACUUUUCUUAUUUAUUUACCUGUGAUCGAUUCCUUAUGAUUUAUGCUUUUGAAAUGCUUGCUGAUAUUUCGGCUAUCCAAUAUUCUUAUCUUAAAUUUAACAAAUUAAAUAUUUCCAUUAAAUUUCAACUUUAUAAAGCUUUUUUAAUUCACUACAUGGCGCACAUUCAAAAUAAUUUCCAUCCAUCGAAAUCUUUAUUUGAUUAUAUUUAUUAUUAUCAUUUCUCCAUCUAUUUAAUGCCAAUAUUUUUGUUGCUAAUUUUUGUUUUAGACAGAAUACUUUCCAAUUUUCUUUCUUUUCUUUAAUUAUUUUAACCAGUUCGAAAACAAGUUCAUAAUUUUCAUUUAAAUCUUUAAAAAUUUCUUUAUUAUU